AUGGCGAGAACUAAAGCGUCAGUAGGCGCUAAAGUAUCUUCUGGCAAGAGUAGCAAAGCUCGGUGUAGUGUGGCUCCACCCUCAAGCAGUGCAGGGCCUUCAGGUAGUGAUAAAUCAUCCAAAAAUUACUCAGGUGGUAACCCUGUGUGUCCUCGAGAAACACCAAAAUGGCAGAAACCUAUCACCAAUUUUUUCAUAAACAAUACUAAGGCUGAUGAAGAUGAGGCUCAAGCGAGCAGUUCAAAACCAAAGUCUAAAAAGAAUGUCAUCCAUUCUGAUGAUGAAAAUGAAAUCGAAACAGAAAUUGACAAACCAAAAAACCAAGAGUUAGAUGAGAGUAUCGAGUUGGAACCGUUAAAAGGCGAGGAAUGUCAUAAAAUACAAGAAUAUUAUACAACAAAAGAUAAAAAAAAAGGUAAAGGAAAGAAAAGCAAUAAAGAGAAUAUUGAGGUUCGAAGAAAUUCUGUUAAAAGAGACUUAGAAACUGUUAUUUUUGGUGAAGAAAGUGAACAUGUUAGCAAGAAAGCGAAAGUAGCU